AUGCCGAACUUGGGUGGCGGUGCAAAAUGUGGAGCCUGUGAAAAGACCGUCUAUCACGCGGAAGAAAUCCAGUGCAAUGGAAGGAGUUUUCACAAGACCUGUUUCCUCUGCAUGGCCUGUAGGAAGGCUCUGGACAGCACCACGGUCGCAGCUCACGAGUCGGAGAUCUACUGUAAGGCCUGCUAUGGGCGCAAGUAUGGCCCCAAGGGGAUCGGAUUUGGACAAGGCGCCGGCUGCCUCAGCACCGACACAGGCGAACACCUGGGCCUCCAAUUCCAAGAGUCCCCAAAGCAAGCACGACCAGCCACCACUAGCAACCCUUCCAAGUUCACUGCCAAGUUUGGAGAAUCAGAGAAAUGCCCUCGAUGUGGAAAGUCAGUCUAUGCUGCUGAGAAGGUGAUGGCAGGGGGCAAGCCUUGGCACAAGACAUGUUUUCGCUGCGCCAUCUGUGGGAAGAGUCUGGAAUCCACAAACGUCACCGACAAAGAUGGAGAACUUUAUUGCAAAGUUUGCUAUGCCAAAAAUUUUGGCCCAACAGGUAUUGGGUUUGGAGGUCUCACACAACAAGUGGAAAAGAAGGAGUGA